CCCGGGCGGUCACACAGACCUUCCUUGAUGGAGCGGGACAAAGGUUUUGUUCUUCUCCCAACACUGCAGCCUUGUGCGGCCGCGGCGGGCAGCGGCGGCAGGCAGCAGGCAGCGCGGGCCCCGUGCUCCCACGCCACGGCGCAGAGGGGGAGCUUCUCCUCCUUUGUCUGCUCCCGGCCAGAGCCGCACCGGAGCAUCCAGGGAAGGGCCUUGGCAGGAGCCGCCCAGGACAGCGGCCAAGGUCCGCUCUGCCCCGGCACAGCCGCCACCGGCUCGGCCUCGCCGCGGGAGCCGAGCUCUUCAUGACGGAAACCCGACCGGAGAGCAUCCGGAGCGGGGCCGGCAGCCGCGCCUGGGGCCGGGGAGGACGGCAGCAUUGGGGACAAGGACACCCGCGCCCCGUUCCCCCCUCGGCGCCCGCUGCCGGCCAUGGGAAACGGCAUGAGCCAGAUCCUGCCCGGCCUCUACCUGGGGAACUUCAUCGAUGCCAAAGACCUGGAGCAGCUAACCCGGAACAAGAUCACACACAUCGUUUCCAUUCAUGAAUCUCCCCAGCCCUUGCUGCAGGACAUCACCUACCUCCGCAUCCCCCUGCCUGACACCCCUGAGGCCAACAUCAAGAGGCACUUCAAGGAAUGCAUCACUUUCAUCCACCAGUGUCGCCUGCACGGAGGGAACUGCCUCGUCCAUUGCCUCGCUGGCAUCUCCCGCAGCACCACCGUGGUCGUCGCCUACGUGAUGGCCGUGACGGAGCUGAGCUGCCAGGAGGUGCUGGAGGCCAUCAGGACCAUCCGGCCUGUGGCCAACCCCAACCCCGGCUUCAGGCAGCAGCUGGCUGAGUUCGGCGGCGGCGCAGCCCGCAAGGUCCGCAGGCACCUGAAGCAGAGGUACGGGGCAUCCCCUUUCAACGAUGAGGAAGAAAUAAGAGCUUUGCUGCCAGCAGGCAGAGGGGGACCCUCCAGGACAGAGGGAGCACUGCAAGGACGGGUCCCAAGGGGCAGAGACAUCAGGAGCACAACUCCCUUCCUGCUGCGGGUGAAGAGGACGUUCUCCUGCAUCCCGGCUUGUCUGAAGCUCAGCAGCCAGAGCCCCGCGAAGCACGUGCAGAGCAGAGCAGAGAUCCGGGAGAUGGGGCAAUGUCCCUGCUCACAGCAGCCUGGAAACCCUGCGCCUGGUCCCACAGCCCCACACACCCACGGGCUACGCUGGUCCCAUGGGGGGACACGGCCCCGGGGCAGGGAGAUGUCCUGGUCCCGGGAGCAGGAGGAUGGGGGGAGCGGCUCCCCUGUCCCCUGCGGGGGGUGUGCGCGGGUCCUUAAAGUCCGAGAGGAGGCGCCCGGGAGGGGCGCAGAGGAGUCCCUUGUGCUCCCUGGUGCCGUCCCCUCUCCCGUGCACUGCCCUGUUCCCUACCCCAUGAGUGGCCCUGUCCCCCCUCCCGUGGCAGCCCCGUGUGUCCCGUCCCCCCCCCGCGGGGCUGGCAGCGCAGCCGGAGCCGGCAGAGUCGGGCGUGAAAGGGAAAGUGAAACCCGGCCGCGCUUUCGUUUUCUCAGCCCCAGCACGUUCCCGGGGCGCGGGGCAGCGAUGGCGGCGCCGGGGGGGCCCAUGCGGCUCAAGGAGUGGCUGAUAGCGCAGAUCGACAGCGGCCGGUACCCGGGGCUGCGCUGGGAGAACCGGCACCGCACGCUCUUCCGCAUCCCCUGGAAGCACGCGGCCAAGCAGGACUACCGGCAGCAGCAGGACGCGGCGCUCUUCAAGGCUUGGGCCAUCUACAAGGGGAAGCACCACGAGGGCACGGACAAGGCCGACCCAUCCACAUGGAAGACGCGUCUCCGCUGCGCCCUCAACAAGAGCACCGACUUCCAGGAGGUGCCCGAGAGGAGCCAGUUGGAUAUCUCCGAGCCCUACAAGGUGUACCAGAUCGUGUCCGACGGCACCUGGGCUGCAGAGAAGGAUGGUGACACACAGUCCCCAGCCAAGAACCAGCAGGACAGCACCGUGGGGAGCCCACAGGAGGAUGCCCAGAAGGGCUCAGUGAUGUGCCACGUGUCUCCAUUGCCCCUUCUCUCUACCCACCAGACAGAGCAAGGGUGCCACUUGAGGGGAGUCUUCUACCGCUGGAACCCAACCCACGGCCACGUCCUCCCCAGGCCGCCGCCCUCCCUCCCCGUGGAGGACAUCAACCACUCAGACUCCUGGCUCCACGUCCGCCUCUACUACUGCGACUUGCUGGUGAAGGAGGUGACGACGCGCACGGCCGAGGGCUGCCGCAUCACCUCCCGCCCCGCGCCGGCCGGCAGCGAGCGGCUCUACGGCCCCUCCUGCAUGGAGCAGAUCGAGUUUCCCCCGCCGCGGGCGCUCGGGGCCAGCGGAAGGGUGGCCGGGAUGACCGACGUGCUGGAGCGGCUCCUGCCGCACCUGGAGCGCGGGGUGCUGCUGUGGGUAGCACCCGAGGGCGUCUUCAUGAAGCGGCAGUGCCAGGGCAGGGUGUACUGGAACGGGCCCCUUGCCCCGCAUAGGGAUGGGCCCAACAAACUGGAGAGGGAGAAGACCUACAAGCUGCUGGACACGCAGCAGUUCCUGCAGCAGCUGCGGGGGUACCUGAGCCAUGGGCAGCCCAUGCCUCAGUACCAGAUCCACUUGUGCUUUGGGGAGGAGUUCCCCACCAGCGCUGGGCAACACUUCCAGAAGCUCAUCAUGGCCCAUGUAGAGCCGGUGUUUGCCCGGGAGCUCCUCCAUCAUGCUCAGCGCAUGGGGCCGAUGCUGCUGCGUGACUGCCCCCAGCCCUGUGCCCCCAGCCCCUCCAGCCACAUCACCCACGUCCUCAGGCAGCUCUGCCAGCCCUGAGCCCGGGCAGAGGGAGGGGAGAACCCAGGCGUGACAAAGCCUCCAAGCAGGAUGCUCAUCCUCCCCGUGGCCCUGCUCCGGUGUGUGUGGGGCUCAGCACUGUGAGGCUGGAUGCAGUCCAGCACUGACAGAGGCGGUUGAUGUCUGCAGCCCCCCUCAGCAUCACUGUAUUUAUUCCCGGGGAGCCAUCCAGGUGGGAUUUGCUGUGGUGUUUGGUGAGCUGGGGCACAGCCAGCUCUGCCCUCACUCCUUCAGCACCAGGACUCACCGUUUGCAAACCUUAGAAAUAAAGGUUGUGUUUUGGUA